GUGCUUCUUUGACAGUUAAUAAUACAUGAAAUCAUGCUAAAGACACAGAAUCUAAUUGGGCUUACUAUACGGAUAUACACUCGAACUAUUGCUUCCAACUGUCGUCUGGGAAAUAUUGCACCAAAAAGGAAAGACAUUGAAAAUGAACCAGAAAUGAUUGAAAUUAGGACAAAUUCAGAAAAUGUUGACAAACAUGAAUUUGAAAAUGAUUUAAAAAAUGAAAAAGAUUUGGACUCAAAUUUAGCGAUUUCAAAAAUGCAUGAAAAUGUCAUUUCAAAGCACUCAGACUUGCCUGUUGAGGCUCCAAAAAGUGCUGUUGGGUUCUGGAACAGUGAACGAGGUCUUGCUAUCAAAGAAUCUGCAUUGAUUGGAGUGGGGAGAGUUUUACGAAUGUAUUUCAAUAAAGAGCGAUAUGAUAAUCUAUAUGAAGCAGCUCUCGGUGUAGAAAAGAAUCUCUUAUUCAAACUAAAUGAAGGAGAUGAGGAUAUACAGCUCAAGCAUGGGCCGGAGUGGGCUCUUGGUGACAUAGUCUUCAGUCUUGGUGGAGCAGUGAAACUAAGAUAUGAUGAUAGAUGGGUCGAUGAUCCUAGAUGUCUGAGGACACCAAAGAGAAAAGACUUCCGACUGGAAGGAAUCGAUCUAAGAAAAUCAGCCAUAACGUGGAGAGGAUUGAGGUUUUUGGAAAAGUCACAAUUUGUAAGGUACGUCAAUGUCGGUGACGCGAAAUACUUUGACGAUACUUGUAUGUCGACUUUGCAUCCGACUGCUGAUAGUUUAGAAUUCCUAGACGUGAGUGGGACAGCAGUGACAGAAAAAGGACUUUCGUAUUUAAGAAUGUUUCCCAAGCUCAAAUAUCUGAAUUUGAGUCGAUUGCAUAAAGCUAAAGAUCUGGAUCAACUCCUACCUUUUCUGUUUGAAAUAUUGCCGGAGAAUUGUGCGAUAAUAGCAGAUGACGAAACGUCAUCUGAUAUGUACGGUUCACUGAUACCUUACAGAUCGCCGUACAAUCCCAAGAAAGAUCAACGCGUCAUUGAAGGAAAUAAGAACAUAGGUGACCUUGUUUCUUAUGACAAAGACAUGGGAGCAGUAGAUUUUUAUCGACCAGAAACAAUCCACGAAUUGUGGAUGACACCUAAGAUGAGUCAGGAAAGAAAACUCCGAGUAUCCAUGCAACCAAAAUGCGAAAAUAAUUUGUAUCAUAGAAUGACUCGAUAUAUUUUAAAAGCGCAUGAUUAUAAACCUUUGUUAUGAAUUAUUUUUUGCUAACUUUUUUCAAUUAAAAUUUCAAACUCCGA